AUGUUCCUCCUCGCGGCGUUUUGCCUGGCCCUGAUGGCUACGGGCGGUCAUUCCAGGCCGUUGGAGCCGACGGCCCAGCACAUCGUGAUCGUGACCCCCCAGGCGCAGGUUCACCUGGAGCCGGCCCUCCGCUACGUCCACGGACUGUCCCCAUUGGCUCGAGUGGCCGCGCCCCAUCAUCACGAGGAGACGAUUGUCUAUGUGCCGGCGGGCACGGCUGCCCAGGUGGUGCCGGUGGUGGACGCCGUGGGUUCUGGGCGAGCCGGUGGCGGUGCUCCGGAGACGAAGCAGUGGGAGAACACCGGCGAGAUAGCCAACCAGAUCCAGCAGGUAUCGCAGCAGGGCGUGGAGAUCGUGAGUGGCCAGUUGAGCGAGGCGGCAGCUUCGGCAGCCUCCGCGGGAGCGGGUUUCUUCCCCUCUUUGUUCCCUCCAAGUGGUUCCAAGAAGGAGGAGCAGCUGAAAACCGAGAAGAUUGAGCUGAUCGAAACCCCUGCAAAUACCCAGCCACUGAUUGCCACCGAGGCCAGACACUUCUACACGAUUCCGCAGGUGUAUCACACCCCGGUGGUGGAUGUGGUCCAUGGACCCGUCUACACCUGGCCCAUUUCCGCCAUCCGGGCACGCAGCAUCCAGCAGGAACCGGAAGCGGAAUUGGCCACCGCCGAUCUGGGUCUCAAGCAGACUUUGAAGACGGAGCCACUGGCGGAGAUUAAACCGGAAACGGAGAAGGAACAACCUUUGCUGAAGGAGCAACCUCAGCUGAAGGAGCUACCUCUGCUGAAGGAGCAACCUCUGCUGAAGGAGCAACCUCUGCUGAAGGAGCUACCUUUGCUGAAGGAGCAACCUCUCCUGAAGGAGCAACCCUUGCUGAAGGAGCAGCCACAGCCUCUACUAAAAGAACAGAUCCUGGAGCAGCCUGCCAUCAGCCAGGAGCCACUGAAGCCCAUCAUCGCCGAGGCCAGCGAACAGAAGUCCGAGUUCGCAGGUCGCCUGCUGGAGAGCAAUGCCAUCAAGCAGGAGCUCAAGGGAGCCGAGAUCGCCAAGGAGCAGCUGAAGGAGGAGCCCAAAAUCCAGCUGCAGGAGGAGCUGAUCAAGACCCUCCAGGCUGAGCCGCUGACCAAGACUCUUCCCUCGGAGGAGAUCCAGGCUGAGCAGCCGAAGCAGCAGGAGAUCCAGCAGAUUAUUCCGGCGCAGAACGCCGAGAUCAUCGCCGAUGCCAUUUUGCCGCAGGCCUAGAUCCUCGGGAACAGAACCAGAACUCAGUAAUCAGUACUCAGAACUCAUCUCUGAAUCUCACACACAAUCCUCGGGCAGCUUUGGUUCUUCGACUGAUUCUCAUCGCUGGCACGGAAUCGAUCAUGGAUUGAUUACCGGGCCACGGGGUUUUCCACCCACCACCCACUCAUCCAACAUACAAACAACACCCACCAAGCGUACAUUUAAUUACUAACACAGAACGACACACACACACGCACACAUUUUCCAUUUUCCAGACAUUAAUUAACAGAAGCGAAACGAGAACGAGACAUUCAUUCAUAAUUAUCAUCACGAAACGUUCGUAUUCAUCAUCAUCAUUACAUAUUCAUUAACCAUAACAUUGAAAACGUAAAACAGAACAAUAAAAAAGUGAAUGUAAAAUGUA